GAACAAUGUAUCAGAAGAAUGUGAGAUAUACGUAUUUCCUCGUCAGAGAGGGGAUGCCUGAUUUUAUCUACGCGCACGUGUCACGGAUCUAUCUUUCUCAGUACAUGGUUGUACACGUCCGUAUGUGUUUCACAGUCCCUCUUGCAGAUUUAUUUGUGGACACACGGCCCUCUGGUUCACGAUUAAUUCGGCAUGAUCCCCUCGGCAACAGCUCUUCCUCUUUUCACGCUACUCACACUGACAUUAGCAAUACCUUUGUUCUCCAAGAUUACGAAUACGGAAACGGACACACAAUGCAUGCAGCAUCACGAAACUAAGAAGAGCACUUUGCGACUAGUUACAGUGGUAAUAAGACAUGGAGACAGGGCACCUGUGGAUACCUAUCCAAAUGAUCCUCAUAUCAAUGACAGUAUGGAGCCCUAUGGUUGGGGUCAGCUAACAUAUGAAGGAAGAAGGAACCAGUACAAUCAAGGAUUGUUUCUGCGAAAGCGUUAUAAUUGUUUUCUAGGCUUGACGUAUCAUCCCGAUAUAUUUCAUCUGCAGACUACCGAUGUGGAUCGUACGAAAAUGUCGGGCGAGUUGGAAUCUGCUGCUUUGUGGAAACCUAGCAAGAAGCAGACGUUCAAAUCUGAUCUACCUUGGCAGCCAGUCACACUGUUUUAUCAGAAACGUCAAGACGACACGCUUAUGUUAAUAUGGAACAUGUGUCCAAGAUAUACACAACUGCGUUCUUCAACAAACGACUUACCGGAAGUCCGAAAGUUGCACGAGGAUAGUAAGCAAUUGUUUGCAGAGCUCUCGAAUUUCACAGGCAUGCCAAUUAUGACUGUUGACGAUGUUAGUUCACUUUAUGCUACGUUAUCAGCUGAGGAAUACAUGAAUUUGGCUUUACCAGAAUGGACAAAGGAUUACUAUCCUGAUAAAUUAAUACCUUUGACCUUAUUUGAGCUACAACUUAACACAUAUCGCGAUGAGUUCCGCAGACUGAAGGGUGGCCCCAUGCUAAAGAAAUUCACCGAUGAUAUGUUAGCGAAAAGGAGAGGUAUUCUACAGCCCGAAGAAAGAAAAAUGUUUAUGUAUAUAGGUCAUGAUAGCACUAUCGUUACCCUGCUAGACACCUUACACAUUUGGUAUAAUCAAUUGCCCUACUAUAACAUCAUGACGAUGAUAGAACUGCAUGAGGACGAAGGUGAAUGGAACGUUCAGAUAUUUCUAAGAAAUACGACAGCUCAUGAUCCGUAUCCAAUGACAAUACCUGGAUGCAACACUGUAUGUCCUCUUGACAAGUUCAUGGAGAUCAUGAAGCCAAUAAUACCAGAUGAUUGGGAGGAAGAGUGCAAAGUUGAUAGUAACUAUACAACUCCAUCACCGCCACCUCCAUAAUUAUAGAAACUGUUACAUACUAGUUAUGUUAUAAUUCAAAUAACUUUAUUGUAUGCACACUGUAAAUAGCUAUACUAUAU